GCGACGGGGCCCUUCCUCGGAGAGCUCUGCUCCGCUCCGCUGUGUGGGCCUAGGUUUGUGGUAGAGGUCGGGUCUAUGCCACUGGGCCUAGGAAGAUGGUGUUAGGUGGGUGCCCGGUGAGUUACUUGCUUCUGUGCGGCCAAGCGGCUUUGUUGCUGGGGAAUCUACUUCUGCUGCAUUGUGUCUCUCGGAGCCACUCGCAGAAUACUACCUACGAGCCCGAGCUCACAUCCUCUGGUGCCGCCCACCCGGAGGGCUCCGCGGGCACACGGAGCUGGGAAUAUGGCGACCCCCACUCUCCGGUCAUCCUUUGCUCUUACCUACCUGAUGAAUUUAUAGACUGUGAAGACCCAGUGGAUCAUGUCGGAAAUACAACAGCAUUCCAGGAACUCGGCUACGGCUGCCUGAAGGGUCUAUACCAAGCAACGCUAUUACUGGGUCAUGUGGUACCUCUAUUCCCAAUUAUUUCAGGAAGCACCUUGUUGCUUCUCAGAGUGGUUGUACCAUUUUACAGUUCUACGAACAGCAUAAGAGGGGCCAGUCUCAACACUCUCUCCGGCAUUUGUUGUUUUCUGCUUUUUUGAACUUUGCUAUCAAAGGUGAGAUAUUUCAUCGUUGAUUUGCAUCUCUCAGAUGGCUAAUGAUCACAAGCGUUUCUUCACGCUUGUUGGCCGCCUGGAUGUUUUCUGCCCAUUCUAUAAUUGGGUUGCUCAUCUUAUUCUUGUUGAGCUGUUGCAGUUUCCUAUAGAUUUUAGAGAUUAGUCCCUUGUUCGGUAUGUCUUUGCCAAAUCAUUUUUCUGUCUGGGUUUUCUUUUCCCUUUUGGUGAAAUCUUUUGGUGCACUUAAGUUUCUUAUUUUUAGGAGAUCCCGCUCAUCUUGUCCGUCUUCUAGUGUGUGCAUGUUUUUCAUCAUGCUUCAUAGUGUGUUGAUGGCAGUAGACAUUGACUUUUAAGUACCCAUUCCCAAAUGCUCAG